CAGUCAGACGUAUGUAUAAACACACAGACAGCUAGUUAAAUAGAUAGACACAGUUGCUGACUCACAAAGUACACAUCGUUCUCGGCAGUCAUUGUGGGUCAGUAGAGCAGCAGAGGGUAAUUAAUCCAGUUAUUAGAUCAUCCUAUUAUUAGGAAGGUUACCUAGCUGCACGCACCCACUGGGAGCUUCACUGGGAUUUGUAGUUCAAGGGCCACCUUUUACCACUCAACAACACCAAGCCAGCCGCAGGUGGAUAUCUGUUACGUGGGUGAGAAGUACGCAGCGCCUGACGUAGCAGGUCAGAGUGGACCAGCCUGGCUUUCUACCUGCCUGGCUUUCUACCUGCCUGCUCUCAGGGCUUUACACAGCUCAAUUAGCGUGACACACUUUCUCCUGUGAUCGCCUGUCUUCCGUCCUGGCCCUGAACACAGCGGAUUAUGAGCACUAACUACAGCACUGCCCUUCCAAGAAGACACAGAGUUUGUUAGAGGGUCGUUUUCCUGCGCCCUGUUUACGCGCGGAGCAAAGCAGCAGAGAAGUGUCCAGACCAUGGUUGUUGAGGGGGACAUGGCUGGGUUCAUGCCCCAGAAGGAGAUCGUGUAUAAUGGUUUGUUGCCGUACGCGGACCGAUUGGACCAGGAGGCCACGGAACUGCUGGCGGAGAUUAAAGCGAACCUGUCCAGAGCGGUCCUCCUCAGGGAGCUGUGGCCUGGGGUCGCUUUCUGGUCCAGGAAACUCUUCUCGUUUCUGAAGCUGUACGGCCGGAGAUUCAGCAAAGAGGACCACAUCCUCUUCAUCAAGCUGCUGUAUGAGUUGGUCACAUUACCAAACCUGGAGCCUCACAUGAUGCAGACCUACGCUAAGCUGCUGAUUCAACUUCUCAAGAAGAAGGAACUACUGUCAAGGGAAGACUUGGAGUUGCCAUGGCGACCGCUCUACGAUUUGCACGAGAGGGUUGUCUACUCCAAAAAUGAACACCUUGGACUCAUCUGGUUUCCCAACUCAGUGGACCACAUUUUGAAGGCUUUGAUCAAAAGCUGCAGACUGUAUUUCCCCGCAUCCUGCACUCAGGAGAUGCUGGAUGAGUGGCGCCCCCUGCUGUGCGUGUUUGAUGUGAUCAUGCAGAAGGCCAUCAGUAACAUGGAGCUGUUUCUGCCCACCAUCAUGCCCCCAGAGGAGCACAGCCAGGGCUUCCAGCUUUGGUUUGAUGAAUUGAUGACUAUCUGGACAUCGGUGCAGAAUCAGCCGACCUGGGAAGGGCACCUGGUGAACCUGUUUGCUCGCCUCGCCAACGACAACAUCGGAUACGUAGACUGGACACCUUAUAUUCCCACAAUCUUCACAAGGAUCCUGCGCAGUUUGAAUCUGCCAGUCGGGGUCAGUCAGAUGAUCGCACCAAGAUACCUAACCAACUCCUAUGACAUCGGGCACUUGGUGUUGUGGAUCACAGCUCUUCUGGGUGGACCUGGAAACCCUGCGCAGAAGGAGCUGACCUGCCUCUUCAACAGCAUCGCCUCCUUCUUCCAUCCCUCCAAUCAUGGUCGCUGGCAGUCUCGUCUCAUGCGUCUGCUUCAGCGUCUCCCGGCGAGUGUUGUGCGCAGAGUGCACCGGGAGCGGCAUGCGGGCCCCAGCUGGAUCACGCUGGUUCCUGAGAGUCAGAGGCUGACUGAUGAGGACUUGCAGGAGUUCACACAGAGUCUCAUUGGCGCCGCUCUGCUGGCCAUGUUCAGUAAAACUGGGAGUACAGACGCAGCCUACGCUCUACAGAACCUCGCUCUGCUCACACCAGAACUCGUCAUACCACCUGUACUUGAGAAGACUUAUGCAGCCAUGGAGACCCUGACGGAGCCGCACACCCUCACCGCCACUCUCAGCUGCAUGAUCGGCAUGGCUCGCAGCCUGGUUUCCCCAAACAACCAUUAUCCAGAGGGCCGUGCACACGUGCUCCCAUUGCUCAUGGGCUCUCUGCCAGGUGUCGACCCCAAUGACUUCAGCAAGUGCAUGAUAACUUUCCAGUUCAUUGCUACUUUCACCACUCUGGUGCCUUUAGUGGACUGCUCGUCUGCUCCUUCCCAAUACAACGAUCUCACAGAGAUUGAAAAAGAUUUGUGUUUUGCUUCAGCUGAAUUUGAAGACUUCGUUCUCCAGUUUCUGGACAGGUGUUUCGCUCUGAUAGACAGCAGCACUCUGGAACAGACGAGAGACGAGAUGGAGACAGAUACCCAGACUCAUCUGGAGAGCCUGGUGGAGCUUGGCCUGUCGUCUACUGUUAGCACUAUCCUUACGCAAUGCUCCAAACAGAUAUACAAGAUGGCAUUGCAGAAAGUUUAUAAUUUCGCCACCUCCAACUUCUUCGAGACGUGUGUGUCGGGUAGGAUGGUGGCUGACAUGUGCAGAGCUGCAGCGAAGUGUCAUCCUGCUGAGUCUCUCCGUCUGUUCGUACCUCACUGCUGCAGCGUCAUUUUCCACAUUACAGACAAUGAGGAGCUGCAGGGUGAAGACGAGCUGGAUAAGGAGCUGUUGUGGAACCUCCAGCUGCUCUCUGAGGUUACCCGUGUGGAUGGUGAACAGCUGUUAAAAUACCAAGGGGACCUGGAACGGAUCCUGUGUGUGUGCGUGCGUCUGCGCUGUAAAAGAGCAUACACACUCGCCUGCAAUCUACUGGAGCACACACUCCGCUCUCUGUCCCUCAUAUAUCCCACCGAGUACCGCAGCACCCCUGGAGGAUUUGAUACUGACCUCCCUAUACGGGACUGGGGCAGAGCUGGAAAUGUGGCAGCUCUGGGUGUUUGUUGGCACGUGCCCGGUCAGGAGGAGGAGAACUUUGUUUUCCAGCUGCUGUCCCACCUCCUGCACCCCGAGCUGCAGCGAAUCAAGAGCCACGUCUCUGGAGAACAGCCAAUGAGCAGGGAGGAGCUGUUGCAGAGUCUUGCCAUCGUGCAGCACUGCCUCCUUGGAGCCGGGAGCAUGCUGCCCCCUCUGGAUGGACCACACGUAUCUGACCUCGUGCCCUCCAUGGUCAAUCUUGGGGAGAUGAAGCUGCAUAUAGGCGUCGAGUAUGAUGAUUCACGGGAGAACUACAGAGAGUCCAUCUGCCAAACCAUGAGACUGCUGCUACAUCACAUCCUGGAGCACUCUGAGGAUGACACAAAGUCACUCUUUGUCAUCAUUAAGAUCAUCAGUGACCUCAUGUUUUUCCGAGGAACUCAAAAGAGGGAGUUUGACUCGCGCUGGAAAAGCUUCACUCUGGUUAAGAAGUCCAUGGAAAACAGGCUCCUUGGGAAAAAGCAGCACAUCAGAGCUCUGCUCAUCGACCGGGUUCUGCUCCAGCACGAGAUGAGGAAGCUGGUGGUGGACGGCAGUGAAUAUAAAGUGGUUCAUCAGGAGCUGCUCUGUAAUCUGCUGCUGCUUUCGACCAGCACUUACAGCCAAGUCCGUAGCAAGGCCCAGAAUGUGCUGAUGGCCGCUGUGGGAACAUUUACCUUCUCCUACAGAGACCUGAUCCCCCGAAUUCUCCAACUGCUCUCACCACAACACCCGAAUGACACACAGCUGCAAUUUAAGGGCGCUCUCUACUGCCUGCUGGGGAUACACAGCGGCGUCUGUCUGGCCGGUAUGAGAGACUGGGACUGUGUCGGGGCUGUGUGGCCCGCCCUGGUCCGCUGUGGACUGUCUCCCACCAUGACCCUGGAUGAGCCCUCCAUCGGUCGAUUGCUGGAUGACAUCACUGACAGGAUCCACCGCCAACACGACACCAUGGGGAUUUAUUUCACUGUUUCUGAAAGUUGUGUAGAGGUGGCCAAUCGCAUCGCUGAGUCCGAAAAUCCAACCCUUUGUUUAGAAGCACCGUCUGUAGAGGAGCUGAAAGAGGGGCUUCAACGUCAGCGAAUCAGAAACGUGGUAGCAGCGAGAAAAUAUGAGAAGCUGGUCAAUGAUCUCUUGGAUUGCCUUGAAGACCGUGACCUGCCCUGGAAGUUUGAGCACAUGGCCACAGACCUGUUGUCUCUCCAGCUGAGAGAAGAUCACCCGCUACCACCUGACGCUGUCCUCUUCUUCACACAGAGCCUCACACAUGACUCCAUCUGCAUACGCAAGGUGGCGAUAUCAGCGGUAGCAGGUAUCCUGAAACAGUUGAAAAGACCAUCAAAAAAAGAAGUUGUGAAGCCGUCAGAUAUCAGUGGUGUAGAGGAUCCAGAGGGUGUGUGUGCCGGCGAUCAUGAGGGGAACCGCUGGCUCCAGUACGACAGCAACAACCUCCCUCUGAGUCAGGAGCAGUGGGACUCUCAGCACUUUGUGGAGAAAACACACACCGGGUACUACACAUGGCCGAGGGAAAUGAUGAUCUAUGCGGCUUCUGAAAAGUCAAAAGAUGACCUGCAGUAUGAAGAGAUGAGCGAGGGUGAAAAGAUCAUCUUUGAAUAUUUCUCGGACACGGAGUUUAUCGACCAGCUCAUAGAGUUUCUCUCUCUGGAGGAUCGGAAAGGAAAAGACAGCUUCAACCCACGACGCUACUGCCUCUUCAAGGGGCUAUUUCGUAACUAUGGUGACGUGUUCCUGCCGUUACUAUGGCCUCACCUGGAGCAGCUUGCCAGCGAUCCCCAUGAGAGCUCCCAGCGCUGUGUGUGUGAGAUUACUGCAGGACUAAUCAGGGGCAGCAAACUCUGGAGCUUCAGCCAGGUGGACGGGCUGUGGAAGCUUUUGUGCCCUUUGAUCAGAACAGCUUUGACCAACAUCACAGUGGACACCUACACAGACUGGGGCACCUGCAUCGCUACUGCCUGUGAGGGGAGGGACCCCAGGAAACUCCACUGGCUGUUGGAGUUACUGAUGGAGAGCCCUCUGAGCGGAGAAGGCGGCUCAUUCAGGGACGCCAGUUUGCUGUAUGUGCUUCAGGGAGGUCUGGCCCAGCAGCAGUGGAGAGUUUCUGAGCUGCUGCACCGGCUGCUGGCGUACCUGGAGCCCAAACUCACCCACGUGUAUAAGAAUGUCAGGGAGCGCAUUGGAAGUGUCCUGACCUAUAUCUUUAUGAUAGACGUGGCCCUGCCCCACACCGCCCCCACCUCCUCCCCCCACGUGGCAGAGUUUGUCACCCGGGUCCUGGAGCGGCUCAAGCCCCUCACGUCGGAGCCGGAGAUCCACAAUCACGUCCACGAGGAGAACACCCAGGAGACGGACGAGCGCACCCAGGCUGUCAAACUGCUCAAGACGGUGUUGAAAUGGUUGAUGGCGAGUGCGGGGCGAACUUUCACCACUCCUGUUCAGCAGCAACUACAGCUCCUGCCUCUACUCUUCAAGAUCGCCCCGGUGGAGAUUGAUGAGAGCUAUGAUGAGAUGAAGCAGGAUGCACGCACGUGUCUCUCUCUCAUGUCCCAGGGCCUGCUGUAUCCUGAACACAUCCCUCUGGUUCUGGCCGCGUUGGAAGAGAUGGCAGGCAGCAGGUCAUGGCAUGCCCGCUUCUCAGUCCUGACCUACCUCCAGAUCAUGGUUUUCUACAACCUGUUUACUCUGCUCAGUGUGCCUGCUGAGGUUCUCUGCAUCCGAGGGCUCGUAAUGCAGCUGCUGCUUGAUGAACAGCUCGAGGUGAGGGACAUGGCAGGCACCACCCUCAGUGGUUUACUGCAGUGCCAGUUCUUCCCCCUGGACUCCAGUCUGCAGACACAGCUCCAGACGCUGAGUCAGACUCCCCUCCCCAAGGCCAGGGGAGAGCUGUCCUCCACAGACUUGGUGCGGCGCCAUGCUGGAGUGCUAGGCCUCAGUGCGUGCAUCCUGUCGAGCCCCUACGACGUCCCAGACUGGAUGCCACAGAUACUGAUGGACCUGAGCGACCAUCUCAAUGACCCUCAGCCUAUAGAGUUGACGGUAAAGAAGACCCUCUCUGAGUUCAGACGCACCCACCAUGAUAACUGGCAGGAGCACCGCCAGUGCUUCACAGAUGACCAGCUGCUGGUGCUCACAGACCUUCUCGUGUCACCCUGUUAUUACGCCUAGACAGCCAGCUGCCUUGUCACGUCCUCUACAGACUGUCUGACCAGACCAUACAGAAACAGUUUAACUUUUUAACACUGUUUGGAACUCAUGUCUUCUGUGCCGCCUGUUAAAAUAACCUCAAAUGUUGUGGCAGUGGCUGAGAGCCCUGCGUCUGGAACCUCACAGCCAAUGUUGGCCUUCAGUAAACCAAGCACAAAAGAAAUAACAGUUCUGGGAAAAAACGGAUGUCAAAUAUUGAACCUACUUGGUGGGUUUAUUUUGUCUCGCCAAGCAGCUCUGCAGCCCCAAAGGUGGCAACUUUGCUUUAAAGAUAACCACCCUUCAGGUGUAUUUUUUUUCUUGUUCUUGUAAAAAAUCUAUAUUUAUAUCUGCCAGAAACCUUUGUAUAUUUAAAGACCAGAAUUUCUCAGUACUGAGUUUCACUUUACCUGCUUUAGAAAGUUUUUAAAAUAAGACUGGAGGAAAUGGAACUCUAUUUAGUUUUAUAAAUACAAGUCAACUAUAUGUGAUGACAUGAAUAUAUAUAAUUUAUGAAUAAAAAAAAAAACAUAGUUUCAUAUACAAACUUAAAUUGCAUAACCAUACUGCUAAUAUAAUUCAACAUUUAAUAUGAAAUUCAAUACUUACAGAAGAUGUUAUUAACCCUUCAUUGGGUGGACUUAACUUGUUACAGUAACUUGACUCAGUAAAUAUAUAUUAUUAAUAACUAUAUCAUAUAUAAUAUUAUUGAUAUAAAUACAUAAUUGACUACUCAUAAGCAUAUAUAAGGUUAUAUACAAUAACAUGUAUAACAUGAUGUAAUAUCACUAUCAUAUUUCUGUGCUACUUAAUAUGUAAU